CAUCAAGAAUGUAUAUCCAGUGUUCAAAACAGAAAGCUAGAAAAAUAGCUGCAGAAACUACUGAAGAACCAAGAACAAGUAACAAUUUGCAGCAAGAGUCUGAAAGACCUGUAAUAGCAGUAAUUAUAGCAACAAAUCAAACUGAUGAGAGCAUUGCUAUGUUUCAAAGUGAAAAAAAUACAGCAACUAUACCUCAAAAUGAUAAUAAUAUUGUAGAAACAAAUGUUGAUCCAUUAUCAGCUACAAAUAUUAGCAUAUCAGAACAAGAACUUUUGAGAGAAUUCCGCACGAAAAUAAAUAA